UUCACGCACUUGACCAACUCUCUCUCUCUUUUUUCUUCUUCCAAUAAUUUUUCCAAUUCAUAUCCUUCUGAUGAACAGUAGCUGUUAGACUAUCUCUCUCUCAUCUCUACCUCUCUCUGUUUCUUCAUCUACUCUCGCCAAAUCCUUCAGAUACUGCUCUGUAAUUUUCACCACAAUCAUCUUAUCUAAAUGGGUUCGGAAGAAGAGAAGGUCGUUGUUCCAAGAAACUUUAGAUUAUUGGAAGAGCUUGAAAGAGGUGAGAAAGGAAUUGGAGAUGGUACUGUGAGCUAUGGAAUGGAUGAUGCUGAUGAUAUUUUGAUGCAAUCUUGGACUGGUACCAUUAUUGGUCCUCAUACUACUGCGUAUGAAGGGAAAAUCUUUCAGCUGAAGCUUUUCUGUGGAAAAGAUUAUCCGGAAAGUCCACCUACUGUGAGGUUCCAGACUCGGAUAAACAUGGCUUGUGUCAAUCCUGAGAAUGGAGUGGUUGAUCCGAGUCACUUCCCUAUGCUCUCCAACUGGAGAAGAGAAUACACAAUGGAGGAUUUACUGAUUCAGCUUAAAAAAGAAAUGAUGUCAUCGCAGAACCGCAAGUUAGCUCAACCCUUGGAAGGUAAUGAGGAAGGAAGAACUGACCCAAAGGGACUAGUGGUGAAAUGUUGUGUCAUGUGAAGAAGGUAAUGAGGAAUUUGUAAGAAUUUAAGAGACAAACAAUGUAUAUAAACAUCAUUGAAAAGGCUUUGAGAUUGUCUGCCUCAGAACCCUUUCUUCUACAUGCCUUCUUAAUCCUACCAUUUGAUUAUGUAUUAUGUAAUAUUUGAGAAUAUAUCCACCAAAAACAGGUGCCCUUAAUAAACCUCCAAUCUCCUUCACU